AUGAGUACACAUUUUGUAUCACUAAAGGGCGACCGACCAAGUAACGAAGAUUGUCAUAAUAUUAUUCUUGAAUUAAAUUCAGACAAUAGAGAUGUUGCAAAAGUUAAUUAUUAUGGAAUUUAUGAUGGUCAUGGUGGCAAAUUUGUUUCGAAAUUUCUUAUGGAAAAUCUCCCACAAUUUUUUAUGUCAUCAAAAGUACAAUAUCCACUAAACAGAGAUUAUGUUAACAAUGUUUAUGACAAAAUCAAAAAUGUGUUGUUUACAAAGUAUGAAAAAGAAUCUAUGGAAUGCGGGUCAACGUGUUUAGUUGUAUGUCACUUUAAAGAUUCAAAUACUAAUCACGAAUUUUUGAACAUAAUGAAUACAGGUGACUCAAGAGCAGUUUUAUGUAGAAAUAGCAUCGCAUAUCCUUUAACAAGAGACCAUAAACCGGAUUGGCCUGAUGAGACCAACAGAAUAACAAAAUUGGGCGGGCAGAUUAGAAAAGACGGUGGUGUGUAUAGAAUUAAUGAUCUUUCUGUAUCAAGGGCUUUUGGUGAUAAAGAGUCAAGUAAGUAUGUCACUCACAGACCAGAUAUGUAUAAAUACACAUUAACAAAAAGAGACAAAUUUAUGAUCAUUGCAUGUGACGGACUAUGGGAUGUAAUUUCGUCACAAGAUGCGGUAAACAUGGUUUUAAGGAUGUGUUACGACUCCGAUAAAAAAAGAAUCAAUCAAAAAAUAAAUAUAUCAUCGAAAUUAGCAGAAAAAGCAAUAGAACUUGAUUCAGGUGAUAAUGUUACAUGUAUUGUUAUUCAACCGUGUUCUUUUAAUUCGGAAUCAAGAUCUAAUAUAAAAAUACCACAUCCUAACGAAAACGAAAAAAUUAUUGAUGUUUUUGGAAACAGUUGUUAUGCAUAUAAAGACUCCGAAUAUAAAAAGAGAUAUAUUAAUGACCACGUAUUUGACAAUAAAUUAGAAUGCUUGACAGAAAGACCAAAAACCCAAUUUACAAACGACGAUAUUGAUGCAUAUAGGGAAAAACAGUUAGAGUUUAGGGACAAAAUAAAUGGAACAUCGUCUCCCGCAAUAGAUCCGGUCGAUAAAAUGAAUUUGAUUGCAAUACAAGGCGGCAUUAAAGCUCAAGGACAAUCAAUAAAAGAUUACUAUGAUAAGUUGUUAGUCCCUAAAAUAUCAUCACUUUCACAAAAACAACAUAAACACCCAUUUAAUUUAUGA